AACAUGAUGCUCCCAGCUGGGCUCCGGCAGCGGGAUCAGACCAAGAAAGACCCCACGGGACCCCUGGACCGAGACGCCCUCAUGCAACACCUGGAGAAGCAGGCGAUAGAGGCCAAGGAGCGGGAGGACCUGGUGCCUUUCACGGGGGAGAAGAAAGGGAAGCCCUUCGUCCCAAAAGUUGCCAAGAAAGAAGUCAUCAAAGAGGAAGACGUCAUCCUGGAGCCGGAGCUGGAGGAAGCUUUGGCCAACGCCACCGACGCCGAGAUGUGCGACAUCGCAGCCAUCCUGGGCAUGUACACCCUGAUGAGCAACAAGCAAUAUUACGAUGCCAUCUGCAGCGGCAACAUCACCAGCACGGAAGGCAUCAACA